UCUAACAGCUAGCGGAGCAGCGGGUGGAGCACUAACCAGGUGAGCUGCGCACAGAGCACUACCCAGGAAAAUGGCAGACAGCUUUUCGCUUAACGAUGCCUUAGCUGGCUCUGGAAACCCAAAUCCUCAAGGAUAUCCCGGUGCAUGGGGGAACCAGCCUGGGGCAGGGGGCUACCCGGGGGCUGCCUAUCCUGGGGCCUACCCAGGACAGGCUCCUCCAGGGGCCUACCCAGGACAGGCUCCUCCAGGGGCCUACCCAGGACAGGCUCCUCCUAGUGCCUACCCUGGCCCAACUGCCCCUGGAGCUUAUCCUGGCCCAACUGCCCCUGGAGCUUAUCCUGGCCCAACUGCCCCUGGAGCCUUCCCAGGGCAACCUGGGGCACCUGGGGCCUACCCCAGUGCUCCUGGAGGCUAUCCUGCUGCUGGCCCCUAUGGUGUCCCCGCUGGACCACUGACGGUGCCCUAUGACCUGCCCCUGCCUGGAGGAGUCAUGCCCCGCAUGCUGAUCACAAUCAUGGGCACAGUGAAACCCAACGCAAACAGGAUUGCUCUAGAUUUCAAGAGAGGGAAUGAUGUUGCCUUCCACUUUAACCCCCGCUUCAAUGAAAACAACAAAAGAGUCAUUGUGUGUAACACGAAGCAGGACAAUAACUGGGGAAGGGAAGAAAGACAAUCAGUUUUCCCCUUCGAGAGCGGCAAACCAUUCAAAAUACAAGUCCUGGUUGAAGCUGACCACUUCAAGGUUGCAGUCAACGAUGCUCACCUAUUGCAGUACAACCAUCGGAUGAAGAACCUCAGGGAAAUCAGCCAGCUGGGGAUCAGUGGUGACAUAACCCUCACCAGCGCUAACCAUGCCAUGAUCUAAGCCAGAAGGGGCAGCACCAAAACUGGCCCUGUGUGCAUUAGGAGUGGAAAACUUUGCAUUUCUCUCUCCUUAUCAUUCUUGUAAGACAUCCAUUUAAUAAACAGUCUCAUGCUGAGA